UAUACCUUUUAAAACCAAAAAAAUAUUUUUCAAAUCAGUUCAGAAGUCUUAUCUAAUAAUCGAUGUACAUGCAUAAAAAAAACAUACCGAUCAAAUUGAGAACCUCCUCCUUUUUGAAGUCGGUUAAAAAAUAGACAGUGAUUUUCAUGUAAAACACAAGCAAUAGUUCACAACUUUUGUUGUUGUUUUUAAUUUUACUUUAGUUCAUCAUCAGACCUUAUAGGGAGUUGACUUGAGUUUAUCUGUAUUUAUUUAGAAGCAUUGUUUAUAAAUUGAGUGCUAAUGUUGUGUAUAUACUUAAUAUUGCUUGCAGUAAUCUUAUCGGCAGUUUACUUAAAGCGUUCAUAUGCAAUUUGUCGAUCAAAACGAAGACUCGAUGGAAGGACUGCUCUGAUAACUGGAGGAACCACAGGUAUGGGAUUACAAAUCGCUAAAGAUUUCGCAGAACGUGGCGCGCGAGUUAUAAUUGCUUGUCCAUUCGAACAAGAGGGUGUCAACGCUCGAGAAUAUAUUAUCAGAAAGACAAGAAAUAAAGAAAUUGUAUUCAAACUCUUAGAUCUAUCAUCUUUGGCAUCGGUCAGAAAGUUUGCAAAUGAAAUAACUAAUGUAGAAGAAAGAUUGGAUAUGCUGGUCAAUAACGCAGGAGUUUUUUUUCAUAAAGAAUACAUUACCAACGAUGAGUUAAGUUCCACAAUGCAGAUCAAUUAUUUCGGGCACUUUUUACUAACAUUAUUACUUCUACCUGUUCUAAAGAAAACAGGUCAAGCAUCUAUAAAAUCUCGGAUAGUUAACGUGACGUCCCAAGCACACUUUAUCGGUAAGAUUGAUCUUGAAAAGAUAAAUGAUAUAAAACAUUGGACAUCAUUCCAAAUAUACGCGAAUAGUAAACUAUGUAUGGCAAUUUUCACUCGAGAACUGGCAAGAAGAUUGACAGAAUCAUAUGUAGUAGUCAACAACGCUGAUCCAGGAAUAGUAGCAACGUAUAUACUUAAACCAAGUAAUGUAAUUUUUAAAGCGACGACAUAUACAUCCUCAGCAGCAGCGCGUGUAUUUUUAAAGACUCCUUGGCAAGGGGCACAAACUACUAUUUACGCGGCCUUGGAUUUGAAUGCUGAAACUGUAAAUGGUGAGAUGUUUUACAAUUGUAAGCUUUAUGAGGCCUCUUCAGAAGUUUAUAAUGAAGAUUUGGCGAAGAUAGUGUGGGACGAAUCUGUGAAACUAGUUAAACUAAACCCGAGAGAGAUUACUGUAUGAAAUGAAAAAAUCUGAGUGCGGAAACUGUAGUGAAGCGACGUCAGUAAGAUCUCUACACUCUCUCUCACACGUGUAAAUAUUACAAUUAUAUUUACAUGUGUGAGACCGGACAUAAUUGUCUAUAAAAAGAUGCAAGAAGUUUAUAAGACCAAUUACAAUUCUUGUCAAUAAACUUUGUUAUUCCCAUGAAAUUGCAUUCUUUAGUUGAAUGUCAAGGUAAUUCAAUAAUUUGAAGAUCAAAACCUGUACAAUACUGUAAAACCUAAUAAAUAAAUAGUGAUUUGGUUUGAUUUGAUUUGAAAAUAAACCGAGUGAAUUGAAAGCACGGAAUCACGAAAAAGUGUAGAUUUUAAUUAGGUCUUUUUCCCGUGGCUAUUAUAAUGCUGCCGAAUUAAAAAAAUAUAUAAAAAAAUAUCAACCUACUUCAAAAACAUAAAACGUACCAACUAAACUAAAAAGCGAAAAAUAACAUUACGGUCUACCUGCUGAUCACUUUGAGGGCGAUGCUAACCCGGUGAUGUUAUAAUUCAAGCCAUGUAAGAAUAUCAAAAAGAUUAAGGUUUUUCAGUCAGUUAUUUCAUGUUGUUCAGAAACGACUUUGUAGAGCGUCCCGUUUUUACCUGACUGCAAGAAGGGUUAUGUUUUUCGCGCGUAUCUUGUAUGUAUGUUUGUAUGUAUGUAUGUAUGUAUGUAAUAUUCUUUAUUACCUCAUAUCUUCUAAACCACUGAACGGAUUUACGUAAUUAGGAUAUCGUUAGAUUUGUCUCGAUAACCCAAGUAUUCUUAGAUAGGUGAAACUAAAAAAAAUAACAAGACUACUGUGAGACGCUAUAGACUCGAGGUGAAAAUUUUUUUUUGUCUAAUUUAAUAAAAAGUUUUCUUUUAUUGUAGUAGGGACAACAGACAUCACUUACUUGUCGUAGAAGAAGAGAUAUAUUUACAAUCAAUCAUAUAAUAUAAUAAGCGUAGUUUUCAAACAAAUAAAAAAUAUCUUCUUAAUUAUGAAUCAUUUCGUUUUUGUUCCGUGACGCGUAGCUAAUGAGGUUCAGGGUUCUAGGUCAAGUCACGAAUUCGUAUUAUUCAAUAAGAAUACUCGAUAAUGUAUGUGGAACAAUGUAACGGUAUGGAAGGUCAACAUAAAUAGCUGAAUACGAGUAAGGCCAAUUUACGCAUACUUUUAAUUUAAUAAUAUGGUAAUUUCGAUUAUGUAAAAAGAAAAGGAAUCAGUGACUCUAUAGAAAUUAUAUAUUUUCUAGAUACUAGCUGUGC